AUGAAGCGAUCCUCUCUGCUGGACGGCGACGCGACACCCGCUCAGGAGCAUGGAGAUGUGUUUGGCGACGAGUUUGAGACGGACUUCGAGUUCGAUGGCGUCGCGGAUGGCUUCCGACCCAACGUGGACAGAGAAGGAGAGGGCGAUGACGCCCACGCGCGCCAAGAACACCACUUUCACGAUCCGCCCAUACGCACCGUCUCCGCACACUAUGCACCCGGUCCCGUCUCGCCGACAAUGUCCAGGGGCCCUUCGGUGCGGAAUUCCAUUCGCAAGUCGCGGAGUCAGGUGAACCCGUUUGCGAGUCCCGAGGAUGAAGAGACGGCGCCGCAGGAGCGGGAACACAGUCUGGAGUUUGAACCGGAUACUAUCGCGAGGCGGUCGGUGUCUUCAGCUUCUUCUCACAUGUAUGCCCAGACGGGCAGUCCGCGGUUUGGCGCUGGACCGAGCCAUCCGUACGGCAUGUACCAACAGGGAACCAUGGCCAGAUCACCCAGCGUGACGACGACAUCGACCCUCAGGCCCGCGCCGCGACAAUCAUACUCGCAAAGCAGGCCACAACAUCCCUAUGCCAUGUAUCCGCAAGGUGUCGAUGAAGAUCUGGACGACGACGACGACGACGACGACGUCGACGCGACAAGUCAAAAUCCCGUGCCUGUCGGCUUCCCGGGUCUCACACAAAACUACACACGGCGGAUAGGGCCCGAUGGGGAGGAUCAGGACAUCAUACACGAAGAUGGACACACCGAGCAAUUACCGCCAUAUACACGAUAUCCGGAAGAUGGACCUGAGAAGGCGCCAUUACUCAUGCCCACCGCACUCCACAGCCGAGCCCCUGUGGCUGGCACGGAUCCCGGAAUGCCAUUGAUGCAUCAGAAUAUCAUCCCUUCGCCGACACCAGCGCCCCAGUCGAUGAGUGAUCAAUCGGCACUCUUAGAUCACCGAGGCUCUACGUCGAACCUGGUGCGCAGCAAUACACGUGCCUCAAGUCGCUCCAGCAGCCUGUACCUCAACAAGACUUGGAGUGAGAAGACGUGGAAGGAGAAACGGAAGACUAAAUUUUGUGGUAUCCCAUUCUGGUGGAUACUCCUCGCACUGUGCGUCUUGGGCUUCAUCGGCGCGGUGCUGGGAGGUGUUCUUGGGGGAUUCAUUGCAGGGGGGAGACACGCCAAUGCAAGCAAGUAAGUGCAGACUCUGAUGGCCUACACUCCUGUACUUGACUGACCAUUUUGCAACAGUCUUCAAGUCGUCACGUCGUUAUACGAUGCUAGUCCCAUCGCGUCACCGACCUCGGGCGCGCCGCCCACCGGCACCUUCGCUCUUACCCUCGGCGCUCCACAGGAGACGCAAAGUGACUGCUUACCCGUCGCCAACCAGCAGCCGGCUUGGAGCUGUGACCUGGCACCCAAUGCCGCCCUCGGUUUGGUCGUGAAGAAGUCGCCGACAUCGAAUGGAGCUGGCGCCAACCUCUUCUACGCUUCCUAUAACGAGAGCAUUGCGUAUGGAUCGCAAUUGAACAUGAUGAACACCUCGCUAUCGUCAUUCAUCACGGUCCAGGACAACGACGAUCCGGAAAAUGGACCGGCCUUUUACUUCCAACAGUUCUACGACAAGGUGGUUGUGGUUCCAGAGAAUAUGAUCUCGGUAUCCUCUUCCAGCAAGAAGGGAAAGCGACAAGGUUUCGUCAAUCCCGAUUUCAGCCUGCCGCAGGAAUGGAUGCAGCGAAAACAGAUGACAUGGCCUGGCCAGAAGCCGUGGUUCUGCGUUUGGAACGGGACAUUCAUCGAAGGCUUCAUCUACGUGCAGGAGCCAGCUGCCACCUCGUCUGCCUCUGCCACCAACAGUUCGAACGCUACUGCAGCUUCUACCACUCCCCCACCGGAUUCAAAGGCAGCUGCAAGCCCGCCGACUUCUACCAGUUCACCGUCGCCGACGGUACCAAGUACCGCAUCACCUUCUCCUACUCCGCCAGUACCCGCCAUUUCCACCGUCAUAUCCGAUGCCCUAACUACAGCUACCUACGCAGGCCCAGCUUCCGCCUUCGAUGCAUGGUCUGUGGGUAUUCACGCACAGGCAGCGCAGUCCGCCCGCCGUCAGCAGAUUGAAGCAGCAGCUGCCGCGAACAGUGGUUCGCCCGUCAAACGCUCUCAUCGCGACGAUAUCAGCCCAGAUGAUCUCUGGAGCAAACUCGACACGUUCCCGUAUGUGAUCAAGGUUGAAGAACGACGGUUAGCGCAACCCUCGAAGCAACCUUAUUGCCAGCAAUACCAGAUCCUGGACAAUCUCCAGGCCAAUUUCGUUACCGAUGACGACGGCAAUCCGAUCAUUGUGCAACUUACCGAGAAGGAUCCCACGUUUGCCGACUAUGAGAGUGCAGGUGUUGCCAGCACCAAGAAGCACAAACGGACGAUUCCGGGCGGCUGCCACUGCCAGUGGAUGAGCGGGGAAUAG